AUGUCCUCGCAACCCGUCAAACUUAUCCUCGGAGGUGCGUCCUUCGGCCCCGCACCCGAUAGCGAGGAUUACCCGGGGCAGGCGGGUGCUGCUGGCCGAUUCUCGAUCGAUACAAAGUACCUAGGUGGUUUUGCGCCAACGCCGUCGAGUAAGGAGGGUCUUAUUGCUAGUGCCGAUGAGAGCCUCAACGCCUUGAAGACAGAGCAGGUCAAUGUAUACUAUAUCCACGCGCCGGACCGACGUGUCCCAUUGCAGGAUAUUCUUGCAGGUGCAGACGCUGUCUAUAAGAAUCGAAAGUUGAGACGCCUUACGAGCGCAGGACCCCGUGGUACCAGCUGUGGGUCUCUUGUGGGUCUCUCAUCAGGAGGGCCAUGCUCCGGAUACAAAAAUUCAAUCAGUACACAGUUGGCACGAGGCGGCAUUAUGCCCUGGGUCGCCGGGGACCAGGUUAUUUCUCACGCUGGCAAGGCUCCUCCCAUCCUAUCUAAGCCACGAACCGAACUUCUGCCUCGCAUGUCCCAUCAUUAA